CUCGCCCGAACACCCGCCCGGCACCGGCAGCAGUAGCGACAGAAUUAUGGCGCUGAAACGGAUCCACAAGGAACUCAAUGAUUUGGCACGUGAUCCUCCAGCUCAGUGUUCUGCCGGCCCAGUCGGAGAUGAUAUGUUUCACUGGCAAGCAACAAUAAUGGGACCUAAUGACAGCCCAUAUCAAGGUGGUGUGUUUUUCUUGACGAUUCAUUUCCCAACAGACUAUCCCUUUAAACCUCCUAAAGUUGCGUUUACAACAAGAAUCUACCAUCCAAAUAUUAACAGCAAUGGCAGCAUUUGUCUUGAUAUUCUCAGAUCACAGUGGUCCCCAGCUUUAACUAUUUCUAAAGUUCUUUUGUCAAUUUGUUCACUGUUGUGUGACCCAAACCCAGAUGACCCUCUAGUGCCAGAGAUUGCACGGAUCUACAAAACAGAUAGGGAAAAGUACAACAGAAUAGCCCGGGAAUGGACUCAGAAGUAUGCUAUGUGAUGCUACCUUCAAGUCUGAAUAACCUGCAUUAUAGCUGGAAUAAACUUUAAAUUACUGUUUUCCCUCUCCCUUUCAGACCUCAUCUACUUACCUUUCCCCACUUCUUUUUUUUUUUUUUUUUUAAUUUUAUUUUUUUUUUUUUUUUUUUUUUGUGCUGCCUCCCCUCAUGCACAUGCUCACAUGGGAAGACUUUAGUUCAGCAUUGGACAGAAACUGCUAUAGACUGUCAAGUAGUUGCCAGAAUACUAUUGCCCAAGAUAUAUAAUCUUUCAAACGGAGCAUGUGUUAUACCUGGCCAACGUCUUCACUUAACUUGGUUAUGAGACUAAACCCAUCCUUCAUUUCUCACAGAAAUGGUGAAGAUUUAGCGCCUUUGGGGAGACUUGUUGGGGGGGGGGAAUGCUCAAUUGUCUAGCAUUUUUGGGUGGCAGAAAUGCAGUGACAACAUGUUUGGUCAACCCUUCCAGUGUUAGAAAUUUGAGAUCACAAGAUGUACUUUAUGCUCAUAACUGAUGUUUUGGGUGGAGAGUUGGUGUUUGAAAAUGUAUAGCAGCAGAACAGAAAAAUGUGAUGUAUUUUAUGCAUGUCAAUAAAUAUGACAAGUGGAAAUUG